UGGACACUUAGUGCCUCAGAGUUUAUUCAGCUUUAGAAGAGCAUAAAAUAAAAAAUCACAAUUUAAGCUGUUUAAGGAUUGCCAUGCUGAGAGCUGAUUUCUCAUCACUAUAUACCAAGAUGCUACUCAUUCUUCUUGCAGGAUUUGUUAUAAUGAUUAAAGGUCAAACAACAGGAUUAAAUGAGGGUACAGUUGAGAUCACACCCACAUCUCAAGCAGAAAUAACAGCCAUCUCUUCAACAACAACAACAGACAUCACAACCACAUCUACAGUAACAACAGAAGGAACAACCACUUCUGAAACAAGAACAGACAACAUAACUACAUCUGCAGCAACAAUAAAUAUAACCAUUGCUCAAACAAUAGCAGAAGAUGCAACCACCUCACCAGCAACAGACAUAACAACCACAUCUCCAACAACAACAAUGUACACAACCAUUUUGCCAACAACAGACACCACAACCACACCCACCUCUCCAACAACAGGCAUUACAACCAUAUCUCAAACAACAACAGACACCACAACCACAUCUGCAACAACAACAGAAGGAACAACCGUAUUUUCAACAAUAACUGACAUAACAACCACAGCUCCAGCAACAACAGAAGAAACAACCAUCCCUUCAACAACACCAGACCUAACAACCACAGCUCUAGCAACAACGGACUCCACAACCACAUCUCCAGCAACAACAGAAGGAACAACCAUUCCUUCAACAACACCAGACUUAACAACCACAACUCUAGAAAUAACAGACACCACAACCACAUCUGCAGCAACAACAGAAGAAACAACAAUCCCUUCAACAAUCCCACAAACAACAACUACAUUUCCAACAACAACAGAAGACACAACCACAUCUGCAGCCACAUCAGCAGAAACAACAAUCCCUUCAACAAUCCCACACACAACAAUCACCUCUUCAGCCACAACAGACAUAACAACCCCUUCUUCAACAACAACGGCCAUAACAACCACAUCUGCAGCAACAACAGCAGAAACAACAAUCCCUUCAACAAUCCCACACACAACAACCACAUCUCCAACAACAGACACCACAACCACAUCUGCAACAACAACAGAAGGAACAACCAUAUUUUCAACAUCAACUGACAUAACAACCACAGCUCCAGCAACAACAGAAGAAACAACCAUCCCUUCAACAACACCAGACCUAACAACCACAAGACUAGCAACAACGGACUCCACAACCACAUCUCCAGCAACAACAGAAGAAACAACCAUUCCUUUAACAACACUAGACGUAACAACCACAACUCUAGCGAGAACGGACUCCACAACCACAGCUCCAGCACCAACAGAAGAAACAAUCAUCCCUGCGAGAACGGACUCCACAACCACAGCUCCAGCACCAACAGAAGAAACAAUCAUCCCUUCAACAACACUAGACGUAACAACCACAUCUCCGACAACAGACACCACAACCAUAUCUGCAGCAACAACAGAAGAAACAACAAUCACUUCAACAAUCCCACACACAACAACUACAUCUCCAACAACAACAGACACCACAACCACAUCUGCAGCCACAUCAGAAGAAACAACCAACCCUUUAACAACACCAGACAUAACAACCACCUCUUCAGCCACAACAGGCUUAACAACCCCUUCUUCAACAACAAUGGCCAUAACAACCACAUCUGCAGCAACAACAGCAGAAACAACAAACCCUUCAACAAUCCCACAGACAACAACCACAUCUCUGACAACAACAGAAGACACAACCACCUCUCCAACAAUAGGCAUAACAACCACAUCUCCAACAACAACAGAAACCACAACCACAUCUGCAACAACAACAGAAGGAACAACCGUAUUUUCAACAACAACUGACAUAACAACCACAUAUCCAACAACAACAGAAGAAACAACCACCUCUCCAACAACAGGCAUUACAACCAUAUCUCAAACAACAACAGACACCACAACCACAUCUGCAACAACAACAGAAGGAACAACCAUAUUUUCAACAAUAACUGACAUAACCACAGCUCCAGCAACAACAGAAGAAACAACCAUCCCUUCAACAACACCAGACCUAACAACCACAACUCUAGAAAUAACAGACACCACAACCACAUCUGCAGCAACAACAGCAGAAACAACAAUCACUUCAACAAUCCCACACACAACAACUACAUCUCAAACAACAACAGAAGACACAACCACAGCUGCAGCCACAUCAGCAGAAACAACCAACCCUUCAACAACACCAGACAUAACAAUCACCUCUUCAGCCACAACAGACAUAACAACCCCUUCUUCAACAACAACGGCCAUAACAACCACAUCUGCAGCAACAACAGCAGAAACAACAAUCCCUUCAACAAUCCCACACACAACAACCACGUCUCCAACAACAGACACCACAACCACAUCUGCAACAACAACAGAAGGAACAACUGUAUUUUCAACAAGAACUGACAUAACAACCACAUCUCCAACAACGACAGAAGACUCAACCACCUCUCCAACAACAGGCAUUACAACCAUAUCUCAAACAACAACAGACGGAACAACCAUAUUUUCAACAUCAACUGACAUAACAACCCCAGAUCCAACAACAACAGAAGAGACAACCACCUCUCCAACAACAGGCAUUACAACCAUAUUUCAAACAACAACAGACACCACAACCACAUCUGCAACAACAACGGAAGGUACAACCGUAGUUUCAACAAUAGCUGACAUAACAACCACAGCUCCAGCACCAACAGAAGAAACAAUCAUCCCUUCAACAACACCAGACCUAACAACCACAACUCUAGCAACAACGGACUCCACAACCACAUCUCUAGUAACAACAGAAGGAACAACCAUUCCUUCAACAGCACCAGACUUAACAACCACAACUCUAGAAAUAACAGACACCACAACCACAUCUGCAGCAACAACAGAAGAAACAACAAUCACUUCAGCAACCCCACGCACAACAACUACAUCUCCAACAACAGAAGACACAACCACAUCUGCAGCCACAUCAGCAGAAACAACCAACCCUUUAACAACACCAGACAUAACAACCACCUCUUCAGGCACAACAGGCUUAACAACCCCUUCUUCAACAACACUGGCCAUAACAACCACAACAAUAAACCCUUCAACAAUCCCACACACAACAACCACAUCUCCGACAACAACAGAAGACACAACCACCUCUCCAACAAUAGGCAUAACAACCACAUCUCCAACAACAACAGAAACCACAACCACAUCUGCAACAACAACAGAAGGAACAACCGUAUUUUCAACAACAACUGACAUAACAACCACAUAUCCAACAACAACAGAAGAAACAACCACCUCUCAAACAACAGGCAUUACAACCAUAUCUCAAACAACAACGGACUCCACAACCACAUCUCCAGUAACAACAGAAGAAACAACCAUUCCUUCAACAGCACCAGACCUAACAACCACAACUCUAGAAAUAACAAACACCACAACCACAUCUGCAGCAACAACAGCAGAAACAACAAUCCCUUCAACAAUCCCACACACAACAACCACAUCUCCAACAACAGACACCACAACCACAUCUGCAACAACAACAGAAGGAACAACUGUAUUUUCAACAAGAACUGACAUAACAACCACAUCCCCAACAACAACAACAGAAGACUCAACCACCUCUCCAACAACAGGCAUUACAACCAUAUCUCAAACAACAACAGACACCACAACCACAUCUGCAACAACAACAGAAGGAACAACCAUAUUUUCAACAACAACUGACAUAACAACCGCAUAUCCAACAACAACAGAAGAAACAACCACCUCUCCAACAACAGGCAUUACAACCAUAUCUCAAACAACAACAGACACCACAACCACAGCUGCAACAACAACAACAGAAGGAAGAAUCAUAUUUUCAACAGUAACUGACAUAACAACCACAUCUCCAGCAACAACAGAAGACACAACCACAUCUGCAGCCAUAUCAGCAGAAACAACCAACACUUCAACAACACCAGACAUAACAAUCACCUCUUCAGCCACAACAGACAUAACAACCCCUUCUUCAACAACAACGGCCAUAACAACCACAUCUGCAGCAACAACAGCAGAAACAACAAACCCUUCAACAAUCCCACACACAACAACCACAUCUCCGACAACAACAGAAGACACAACCACCUCUCCAACAAUAGGCAUAACAACCACAUCUCCAACAACAACAGAAACCACAACCACAUCUGCAACAACAACAGAAGGAACAACCGUAUUUUCGACAAUAACUGACAUAACCACAGCUCCAGCACCAACAGAACAAACAACCAUCCCUUCAACAACACCAGACCUAACAAUCACAACUCUAGCAACAACGGACUCCACAACCACAUCUCCAGUAACAACAGAAGAAACAACCAUUCCUUCAACCGCACCAGACCUAACAACCACAACUCUAGAAAUAACAAACACCACAACCACAUCUGCAGCAACAACAGCAGAAACAACAAUCCCUUCAACAAUCCCACACACAACAACCAUAUCUCAAACAACAACAGACACCACAACCACAUCUGCAACAACAACAGAAGGAACAACCGUAUUUUCAACAACAACUGACAUAACAACCGCAUAUCCAACAACAACAGAAGACUCAACCACCUCUCCAACAACAGGCAUUACAACCAUAUCUCAAACAACAACAGACACCACAACCACAUCUGCAACAACAACAACAGAAGGAACAACCGUAUUUUCAACAAUAACUGACAUAACAACCACAUCUCCAGCAACAACAGAAGACACAACCACAUCUGCAACCACAUCAGCAGAAACAACCAACACUUCAACAACACCAGACAUAACAAUCACCUCUUCAGCCACAACAGACAUAACAACCCCUUCUUCAACAACAAUGGCCAUAACAACCACAUCUGCAGCAACAACAGCAGAAACAACAAUCCCUUCAACAAUCCCACACACAACAACCACAUCUCCAACAACAGACACCACAACCACAUCUGCAACAACAACAGAAGGAACAACCAUAUUUUCUGACAUAACAACCACAUCUCCAACAACAACAGAAGACUCAACCACCUCUCCAACAACAGGCAUUACAACCAUAUCUCAAACAACAACAGACACCACAACCACAUCUGCAACAAUAACAGAAGGAACAACCGUAUUUUCAACAACAACGGCCAUAACAACCACAUCUGCAGCAACAACAGCAGAAACAACAAUCCCUUCAACAAUCCCACACACAACAACCACAUCUCCAACAACAGACACCACAACCAUAUCUGCAACAACAACUGAAGGAACAACUGUAUUUUCAACAACAACUGACAUAACAACCGCAUAUCCAACAACAACAGAAUUAACAACCACCUCUCAAACAACAGGCAUUACAACCAUAUCUCAAACAACAACAGACACCACAACCACAUCUGCAACAACAACAACAGAAGGAAGAACCAUAUUUUCAACAAUAACUGACAUAACAACCACAUCUCCAGCAACAACAGAAGAAACAACCAUUCCUUUAACAACACUAGAUGUAACAACCACAUCUCCAACAACAGACACCACAAACACAUCUGCAGCAACAACAGCAGAAACAACAAUCCCUUCAACAAUCCCAGCCACAACAACCACAUCUCCAACAACAGACACAACAAUUACAUCUCCAGCAACAACAGAAGAAACUACCAUCCCUUCAACAGCAAUAGACAUAACAACCACCUCUUCAGCCACAACAGGCAUAACAACCCCUUUUUCAACAACAAUGGCCGUAACAACCACAUCUGUAGCAACAACAGCAGAAACAACAAUCCCUUCAACAAUCCCAGCCACAACAGCCACAUCUUCAACAACAGACAACACAACCCAAUCUCCUACAUCAACAGCCAUUACAACCACCUCUCAAAAGUAUGCUCAAACAGUGGUCAGGUUGCAAUCUGUUACUGAACUUAGCAAUGAAAAUAUCAUCAUAUAUAUAGAAGAGUUUUAUCGACGCAUCCAGGCUAUGGUUAAUGGCACCAUUACGUUGACAGUGAAGAAGAUUGAAAAAGUGACACCUUAACCACAUGGCAACCACACUCAUCUAAAUGAAUGAGCCUGAGUCGAAUAGACCCCAGGCCUGCACAAGGGUUAUAUAAAUAUGAUAUUUACUAUGGCAAUGACAAACAUUUUCUCCAAACACACUUUAUUGAAUUAUACACUUUAUUUCAACAUUUAUACAAUUAUAAUUUUUAGACAAGUAUUAAUAACAA